CCUUUUCGACUUCCACAUCAACAGGAAAUCAACCCUCACGCUUAUGCGUAGAUCAGAGGGAUAUUCCGAAUCCUUGCAGGUAUUUAUCAAGAUGCUCACUGGAGAGAUCUUUACUCAUACAGUCAAUUCGUUAGACACUGUCGGUAGCGUAAAAGCAAAAAUUCAGGAUAAGGUGCAUAUUCGCCAUCACGAGCAGGAGUUGAUCUUCAACGAGAUGGUUCUCUGCGACAUUGUUACUCUUGCUAGUUAUAACAUCAACAAUGAAUCCACACUCACAGUUAUGCGUGUAUCACCGGGAUUCAUGCGUCUAUUCAUCAAGACCCUCACUGGAAAGACAAUUACUCUGGAAGUUGAAUCCUCUGACACCAUCCUAGAUGUGAAAUUCAAGAUCCAAAAUCUGGAAGGUUUUCCCCCUGACAAGCAGAGACUGGCAUUUAGCGGAAAGCAACUAGAUCAGGAUAGCCGUACCCUUGCCGAAUACGACGUCCACAAUGAAUCAACAAUGGUUCUUUCUUUAAGAUUAACGCUCUGUUCCUGUUCCCGAGUUAACUUAACGUGA